AUUCCACACUUUAAAGGAUUACAGUGCCAAGGAAAUCCAUCAAAUUGGACUGAGUGAAGUGGAUCGCAUUGAAGGCAAAAUGGAAGAGAUGGCUCCAGAAGUACUAAAUGACCAAUGA